UUCUUUGUUUGAUUGUCGGAGAAGAGUCAAUAUUUGUUCUAGUAGCACACAGAGAGUGGCAGUGUAAGCGGCAAAAUAGAUACUUGCUGCCUUGUUAGCAGUGGCAAACAGCAAAAUUAAUAUCUGUGUAAUAAAAAAAAAAUUUAAGAUCGCGCGGCAUAUGAAAAAUUAGAGUGUUGAAAUGCCGAUAAUUAAUUGGGUGACUUUUCAAAUUAAAAUUGUUACAAAUGAGCGAGACGAAUUUGAUAAAUUUUCUUGUCUACGGAUGAUUAUUUUCAUUAUGGAUGAUUCUCUUGGUCCAAAUGAGUGCCUUGCUGUAGGAGAAACUUUAGUAUCAGCUAAUGGAUGCUUUAGAUUGAUAAUGCAAGGUGAUGGAAAUCUCGUUAUUUAUCGACAAUCUAACAAUAAAGCUAUCUGGAGCUCAAAAACAUCAAGAACCUGUACGAAUCGAGCAUGCAUGCAAGGAGAUGGAAACUUUGUGACUUACGAUUGUCAUGAUAAAGCAACAUGGGCAUCAAAGACCUCUAAAAAGGAAGGGUCUUGGAUUAUUAUGCAAGGUGAUGGAAAUUUGGUAGUUUAUGCUUGGCAAUCUACCCGCGCCUUUUGGUCAAGUAAAACUGUUACUUAUUGUUGAAUGUAAUUCUAUUCCUGUUGUAUUAUGGCUACACUUGCUGGAUAAUUGUUUGUAAUAAAG